AUAUAUCACAUCACAUGCAUUAUAUAUAUUACUAAAAAAAAAAAAAACUCUCCACCAAUCAUCUUUGGCUUAAUGGAGAUAAAGAAUGGAGACAUAGCGGUGGUGAUGGUGCCACUUCCGGCACAAGGUCACCUGAAUCAACUCCUCCACCUCUCCCGCCUUAUCUCAUCCUACAAAAUCCCAGUCCACUACGUCGGAACCACCACCCACAACCGCCAGGCCAGGCUGCGCCUCCAAAACUGGGACCUCGCCGACCUUCAUUUCCACGACUUCUCCUUGCCGCCUUUCGAGACAACGCCGCCUCCCAAUCCUGACUCCCCGGAUAAGUUCCCCGCCCAAAUAAUCCCGUUGUUCUUCGCCACGUCGCAUCUCCGCCGCCCUCUCGAAGCCCUCGUCCGCCGCCUCUGCGGCGCGGCCAGGAGAGUGGUGGUUGUUUAUGACUGUGCGAUGGCUUGGGUGGUCCAGGACGUUCCCUCGCUGCCAAACGCCGAGUGCUACUUUUUCAACAGCGUCUCCGUCUUCCAAAUCUACACCUAUUUCAUGGAGGUCGCCGGAAAGGCUUUCCCUGCCGAUGGGCCUCGAGUGUUGCGGGAAAUCCCGUCCCUGGACGGGACUUUUCCCGACGAGUUUUGGGAUUAUUGGCAUAUACAAGAGAAGUUUCUCGGGAAUAGCGCCGGUGUCCUGCACAAUACUUGCCGGGUAAUCGAAGGGCAGUUUCUUGAUUUGUUCGAGAAGGAAGGUAUACUUGGAAGCUUAAAGCAAUGGGCUAUUGGCCCUUUCAAUCCGGUGGAGAUACCGGAACAAAGAGACUCCGACGAAAAACGCCGCCGCCGCCACGAAUCCCUCCACUGGCUCGACAACCACCCGCGAAACUCGGUCGUAUUAGUUUCUUUCGGGACAACCACCACUUUGUCCGGCCAACAGAUCAAAGAACUGGCAACUGGGUUGGAGAAAAGCCGGCAGAAAUUCGUGUGGGUGCUGAGAGAUGCAGAUAACGCAGACAUUUUUUCCGGCGACGACGACAGCCGGAGAUCCGAUCAGUUGCCGGAAGGAUACGAGGAGAGAGUCCGAGGAAGAGGAAUCAUCGUACGAGACUGGGCUCCACAGCUCGACAUCCUAGCACAUCCGGCAACCGGCGGCUUCAUCACCCACUGCGGCUGGAAUUCGUGCAUGGAGAGUAUGUCAAUGGGAGUUCCGAUGGCUGCUUGGCCGAUGCACUCCGACCAGCCCAGAAACUCCGUGCUAAUCACCAAGUUCCUCGGGAUUGGAAUUCUCGUGAGGGAUUGGGAGCGCCGGCAAGAAGUUGUGACAUCAACUACAAUUGAACAGUGCAUCGUACUGCUAAUGGAUACCCCGGAAGGAGAAGAAAUGAGGAGAAAGGCGGCGGAUUUAAGUGCCGCUCUCAAGAGAUCGGUGAUGGACGGCGGCGGAACACGAAAAGAAUUGGACUCCUUCAUUGUCCACAUUACCAGAUAAAUUAAAUUUGUUUAUAGUAAUUU